AUGAAGUGCUACUACCAGAAAUUCAUUUCACAAAAUCAAGCAAUAAUAUAUUGUACUCUAAUGCUUGGUAAAAUCGGUUACGAUGCGUCCUGGUUAUCUUCAAUACCGUGGAAGGCUAUCCACUAUGCUCUGUUAUUUUUGAUGAUUGAAAUAGUGACUUUUGCGUAUGGAGUUAUGGUGUUUAUUCUCCUAUACCAAACCUACAUUCCAACUGUAAAAUUGGAAAGAGAAUUAGAUUUAGUGUUUGAUACAAAAUGUAAUGUACGAACGGGGUGUCCCAACGUUUGCAGUUUUCCUACAGCCAAUUUCUCUGUUUCUGAAAGUGGAAUAUCUCUCUUAACACCCAAAUAUCCAUACAUGCUCAUGCUAAACCUAUGGCUUCCAGAUUCCAUUCAUAAUAGAAAUGCAGGUAUGAGUAUUAUCACUCUAGAACUAUAUGGCCGUGAACAUGUUCUUAUACAGCGAUUCAGAAAACCAUUUUCAAUGCCUUAUCGAUCUAAUGAAGUUCGAAUGAUAAAUAAUAUACUGUUUGCCCCCCUGUAUAUAAUCGGUAGGAUGAAAGAAGAACUGCUGCUUUCAAUUGAGAUGUCAUCUAGUUUCCAGUUCGAUGCGACUCAACCAGUUUUGGAAGGUCGUAUCAUUAUGGAGUCCAAACGCUACUUAUGGUCAGCUUUGGAGCUUAAAAUACAGACGACGCUUAGCGGAUUUCAAAACGUUCUAUACUACUAUCCACAGGUUUCUUUCAUAAUUUGCAUAUCUGUUGUUUCAUUCCUUAUGAACAUGAUCUACAUAUCAUCCAUUCUUUUAUACAUUUUAUGGCGAUUUCUCAAGAAAUGCAGAAAUCCCGAACUUUCAAAGGUUAAAGAUGAACCGAAACCUGAAAACUACCCACUAUGUGGUGAGAUUGACUCUGAAGAUAAUUCAUUUUCAGAUUAA